CAUAUACUCUGACCUAUUGAAUUGAUAUUGGUAUAGGCGUGUCGGGGGUGGGUCUCUUCUCCUAAUCAAAAGAUUUUGUAUGUGUAUUACGAAAGUGCUCUUGUACUGCUUGCGAAGUUUGCUAAACGUACCCGCAGAAACUCGCUUUAGUCGAUUAUGCGCAAGGGAUGCCAGAUGCUUGCCGAAAAGGCUUGGCCUCACCAUGGCACUGCGCCAAGCAGUAGCAGGGUGAAGGUUGGCAUGAAGUUGCCUAACUGACGCAGGAGCCAUACGCUGCAGCACAGUUUAUUCUGGUGCAUCCAGGUGGUUAUGCGGUUGCCGCCGGGGCCAUCCGCUGGUCGCCUCCGGGUCUGGAUUUUGGCAUGCUUCAGCACCAGGAGCAUCAAGAUGGCCCUCAACAUGAAGCAGCGUAUGGAUGCGGGGCUCUCGCGCAAGGCGGCCCGCUCUUCUGUGAGCCGCUCUUCUGUGGUUAAAGUUCGGUCGGUAGCUGCCCCAGCGCCGCCCGCCGCCGCGGUUCAGGAGGCAAAGAAGGCCUAUGGCGUCUUCCGUCUGUCUUAUGACACCCAAAAUGAGGACCCGUCGUUGACUCGCACUUGGAAGAAGACGAUUAAGGUCGCUGUGACUGGCGCCUCCGGCAACAUUUCCAACCACCUGCUCUUUAUGCUCGCUUCGGGUGAGGUGUAUGGCAAGGACCAGCCCAUUGCGCUUCAACUCCUUGGGAGCGACCGCUCGAAGGAGGCCUUGGAGGGCGUUGCCAUGGAGCUUGAGGACAGCCUGUACCCUCUCUUGCGCGAGGUGAGCAUUGGCACUGACCCCUAUGAGGUCUUUGGCGACGCUGACUGGGCGCUUAUGAUUGGAGCUAAGCCUCGUGGCCCCGGCAUGGAGCGUGCCGACCUGCUGCAGCAAAACGGCGAAAUUUUCCAGGUUCAGGGCCGCGCGCUGAACGACUCUGCCAGCCGCAACUGCAAGGUGCUCGUGGUAGGCAACCCCUGCAACACCAACGCGCUCAUUGCCAUGGAGAACGCGCCCAACAUCCCGCGCAAGAACUUCCACGCGCUGACCCGACUGGAUGAGAACCGCGCCAAGUGCCAGCUGGCGCUGAAGAGCGGCAAGUUCUACACAAGCGUUUCGCGCAUGGCGGUGUGGGGCAACCACUCCACCACGCAGGUCCCCGACUAUAUCAACGCUCGUAUCGGCGGCAUCCCCGCCACCGACGUUAUCCGCGACAUGAAGUGGUUCCGCGAGGAGUUCACGCCCAAGGUGGCCCUGCGCGGUGGCGCGCUCAUCAAGAAGUGGGGCCGCUCCUCCGCUGCCUCCACCGCCGUGUCCGUUGCCGACGCAAUUCGUGCGCUGGUGACGCCCACCGCCCCCGGCGACUGCUUCUCCUCGGGCGUGAUCUCGGACGGCAACCCUUACGGCGUGAAGGAGGGCCUGAUCUUCUCCUUCCCCUGCCGGUCCAAGGGCGACGGAGACUACGAAAUCUGCGACGACUUCAUCGUGGAUGAGUACCUGCGCUCCAAGAUCCGCGCCAGCGAGGACGAGCUGCAGAAGGAGAAGGAGUGCGUGUCGCACCUGAUUGGCAUGAUGGGCGGCUCCUGCUCGCUGCGGGGCGCGGAAGACACCACGGUGCCCGGUGAGAACUAAGCAGCCGGGCCUUAGCCUGGCUAGUUGAGAGGGGCAUUGUAGUAGAGACGACUGGGAGAAAGGGAUUAAGGCAAGGUAGUAUAGUUUAUUUUUGCGUGGAGGGUCUUGAGGAGGGCGUGCGAGCGAGGGCUGAGGCUGACAAUGUGAGGGAUGGGAGGGUGAGGCGGUGAGAAGGCGCAUCAGAGGAGAAGAACAAGAAGCACGAUUGCAGCAGCUGCUUAGGGAAGUGGCUAUCAAUAUUCGGCUGUAUAACAUUGCGGAUUGUAUAACAACAUCGCAAGGCAAUGGAGAUGAGGGAAAGUGGAGUGGAAGCAAAAAGAUGCGAGGUGCAUGCAAGGGAGCAGCAGUGGAAAGAACGUUCAGGGGAGAUUCAAGUGACUAUGGAUUCCGUAUGUGAGGGUAGCGGUGCAUCCUAAAAUUUAUGGUGGGUAGCACGAGAGGUGAGGGAGUGCUGCCUGCUUUGGGUCUGAGGAGUAAACGAUGAAGAGCAUGCGGCGAGAGAGGGACCACGGGGCCGGACGUCGUCUUGGGAGACAGUUAAUGCUUUUGGCGGUUAUUAAAGGGUUACCAACGAAAGCUGCGAUUUCGGCUUCAUGUUGCUGUUGGGCCAUGGCGGGCCAUCUGUCACGUCUUGGACUUUGAUGCAAAUUCCAUGUUUCGAGCACGGAUCAUUGUGUUAUGUGAGUUGUUUGCGGUUGUGUCCUUCCCAGCACAGCCGCAAGUGACCCUCUUGAGUGGAGAGUAGGAGCGUGUUGUUUUAAGUGCGUGGUUUGGAUAUCCGAGUGCUGCUGAUAAAUGAACUGACGCCGCCUCAUCUGCUACUUUCGUAGAUAGCGGUUCUCUUUUACCUGUCUUGCUAAGCUGGUGUGACAGGCUUUAAUUCAGCUGGUAGGCGUUGGUGGGUUUACUUGGCCGUAGCAAGGUUACUUGAAGCGGACGACUUAAGAAGACACCACCCUUGUGUGUUUCAUGAAUGCCUUGUUUGCUGCUAAUUUGUUGCUGGUUCUAAGGCGUGCUAGAGCGAUCUGAUGAUCUGCCUGUCGGCUCUCGCUCACGGCAGUUCUGUCCCCAAGCCAUUUGCAGACGCUAUAACGACAUUAUCGGGCGGUAUUAAGAGCGGAGUGUGUGUCUCGGUUGUUAACUGCUGCUGUUUGAUAACUCAGGAGUUAAUGAACUGCAGUUAACGACGGAGUGGCGAGGCUCGUUAAGCCUUAGCAGGCAGAGUGUCUUGCAAGCACCUCGUUUCUGCUUUUGCAAGGCCCGGGCUGAACCAUUAUCAGCUGCUUGGCAUGCGCAAAGGAGCCUUCUUUGGCCCCUGAAAUUCGCCAUUACAUGGCUGUACGGACAUAUACACCCCUCUCGUCUGACCAUUGUUUGCAAUUGCUUAUGACGAACAAACUUUACCUGAAGGGUUGUUGUUUGCCGGGUUUGUUCCUCUGUGAGACCACUGUUGUUGCUCGGGGUCGGCUUGAGUGUGUUGAGCUGCUAACAACUUAAUGCACAUGGGCAAAUACGUCAACCGGCGUGGCAGUGGAAUGGUCAUGUUGACUUUGGCUUGAUGUCAGUGGGAGGAACGCAACUUGGCUCGUCGCCUUCGUGCUGUGUGUGACACUGGUUCGGCUGCGUGGGAUGCAUGACCCUGCCGGGGUUGUGCAUCAGCCGUUCCGGCCGAUUUGCUGAGAACCCAACGUCGCUAGUAGCGUGUGUUCGUAGGUUUUGUUAGCAGCCGUGCUCGUUGGUGAUGAGGUUUAUCCCGACCAAGAAACGUUCGGCCACAUGACCUGUUGUUGACCUAGUCUCCCACCCCCUCUCUUACUAAGCCUUUGCUGCGUCUGCCGCAGUCAAGGGAUGCUUGGUGACACAUGAUGUUACUGGGACACGACCGGUGUGUAAGGCUGCAACCCACU